AUGAACCAUGCCCUUUACCACGUACCAAGCUCUGAAAACAACAGCAACACGCCCACCAAGAAUCCGAAGCACCCGGCCAGUCAUUCUACAUCUGCAACAAUGGAUCUGAGACAGCUGUGGUCAGAGAUGGCGCAGUUCUUGCGGGCGACUUUAACGGCAAACUCUGGUCUGCAGUCCAGAAGGAGAACGCUGCCAAAGCAGACCCCACCGCAGCAGACAUCCCUUUCCUCUUACCGCUGCCAGAUGAACAGCAAAGUGGUUACCAUUGGGAGUGUCAUCAAGGCCAAGAGGCAAAUUGCCCCUGCGGAUGCGACAGUUGCCUGCCACAGCUUGUCUGACCAGCCCACUCAAGAAGACCCAGCCUGCUAUUUGCUUAAGAGCCGCAAAAGAACAACAAAUAAUAAUCCCUAUAUUGCCCUUAAUAAAGAAGAAUGUCUUUUGAUUUUUUUCGGGCUCUUAAGCAUUGAGUAG